UAUGGAGGAGCUCCAGGAGGACCAGCAUUCCCUGGACAAGCUCAGGAUCCUUUGUAUGGUUAUUUUGCUGCAGUAGCAGGGCAGGAUGGACAAAUAGAUGCUGAUGAGCUACAGAGAUGUCUCACCCAGUCAGGGAUUGCAGGAGCAUAUAAACCUUUCAACUUAGAGACUUGCAGACUCAUGAUCUCAAUGCUGGAUAGGGAUAUGUCUGGCACACUGGGAUUUAAUGAGUUUAAAGAACUCUGGGCUGUGGUCAAUGGCUGGAAGCAACACUUCGUAAGUUUUGACAAUGAUAGAAGUGGUACAGUGGAUCGUCAAGAACUGGAGAAAGCCUUGAUUAAUAUGGGAUUUAGACUGAGCCCACAGGCAGUGACUGCAAUCACAAGGCGAUACAGCACUCGUGGAAAGAUUACAUUUGAUGAUUACAUUGCCUGCUGUGUGAAACUCAGAGCUCUCACUGAAUGUUUUAGAAGAAGGGAUACAUCUCAGCAGGGUUUUGUGAACUUCCAGUAUGAUGAUUUCAUACAGUGUGUUAUGAGCAUCUAAAUCAGGAAGGAAGCUGUGGAUGAUCACGAUUAACAUUCCAGUUUGUGUUUUGCUUUGCCAAAUCUUCCAAUGAUUGUGUAUCUCAAUAUUGGAAAUUGCGUAUUCUAUGAAGAUACUGCUUUAUACACUUGCAUUUUUUUAGUUUUGACAAUGACUAUAAACUACUCAUGUACUGUCAUCUUUAACUUUCAACCUGUGACUAUUAAAGAUGUUUUUUAUUUUCAUAAACUUGCAAUUCACUAUGUAUAACUCAAAUUAUGCAGAUAGUAAGUUCUUCUCUGUGUGUUUACUUUUUUCCCUG